AGGUGUCAGCCUAUGUUACUGGUGUUUCCUGCUGACUAACAGGACCUCUAGUCAACCAGCCAAGCAUUGAGAUAUGUGAAAUCACAGAUAAGAAUGGACCAUGUUGUGACAGGGUAAACUAACGCACACUUCCAACCAUGGUUUUUGAAUGGCCGAAUCAAACUAAAUGUAAGAUUAAUCUCCUUGGGACUAUAGAAUAUAUUUUGUCGAAAGCUGAAAGGUGUGUUCGGCAUACCUGUGUUGGAUAAGUCGGAGAAGGCAGCUUGAUUGCGAUUGUGUAAAGCUUUGUGAUUGUUGUGUGUGAGUAGCCGUGUUGAAGUGGAUUCACAACGCUGUGUUUGUGUGGGGAGAGUUCUGUAUUUUCAUGAGGAGCACUGAUUGUCCAAUACACACAAUAGAAUGUGGUGUGCCUUGAUAUGUCAGCCGCCACUCAGGAAGAGACAUGGACAUGUCUGAAGGGGAAUGAUAUUGACAAGUGUGUAUUUCACCUGGUUUUUUGAGUGAGAUUGGACCGAACUGUAGAUCACAUAGGAUAUUGUGCUGCCUGACCAUCUACCAUAUUGGAUAUUACCUGUUGGGAGGGAAAUAUUUAUUUCCAAACAAGGAAGAAAGAGGUGGAGAUUGUACUCAUUUGGAUACACCUGCUUCUUUGGAUAAGGAUAUACCUACCUUCUCUGUGGAUGUGUGUGCCAGUGUUUGAAACCCUCCCUUUUGUGGGACCCUACAAGUUGGUUCCCCAAUAAAAUGAAAAUGACUUGGACUAUCAAGAGCAACCGUGUGACACUGAAGAUGGAUGUGUCACACACGGAGCACUCCCAUGUCAUCGGCAAGGGAGGCAACAACAUCAAGAAGGUGAUGCAGGAUACCGGUUGUCACAUCCACUUCCCUGAUUCCAAUAGAGGCAGCAGUGUCCAGGAGAAGAGCAAUCAGGUGUCUAUAGCAGGUCAGCCUGGAGGUGUAGAAUCAGCGCGUGCCCAGAUAAGGGAGUUGCUGCCACUAGUGUUUAUGUUUGAGCUGCCGGUGUCGGGGAUGCUGCACCCACUGCCAGACGCCUCCUCCCCUGCCAUCCAGUCCCUCCAACAAACCUACAAUGUACAGGUCAGCCUCAAACAACGCCCCCGCAUGUACGUCACCACCGUCAUCGUCAGGGGCUCUGUCAACAAUGCCAAGGCUGUCAAGGAUGCCACAGCUAAACUGAUGGAACAGCUGACUGGAUGUAACACCCUGGCUGUCAGCAUGCAGCUGGAGAUUGCCCAGCAGCACCACCUGUUCAUCAUCGGCCGCGCAGGUGUCAACAUAAAGCAGAUCAUGCAGCGGACAGGGGCCAGUAUACACUUCCCCGAUCCCAACACCGCCACGCCACAACGAAAAGGAACAGUCUACAUUACUGGAAGUAUUGAAAGUGUGUUCUUAGCUCGACAACAACUCAUCGGUUGUCUCCCCCUAGUUCUAAUGUUCGAUGUCAAAGAAGACAUAGAUUUGGAACAAGGUCGAGUCCAACAACUGACUGAGCAGCUGGAUGUGUUUAUCAGUGUGAAACCCAAACCCAAACAGCCAAGCAAGUCUGUGAUUGUCAAAAGUAUUGAGCGCAACGCCUCAAACAUGUACCUGGCCCGGCAGCUGCUGCUGGGUAUAGACAAGGACUCUGAGAAGAACCUCACUGCCUUCUCCAACACAGGCAAUGGGGACAUGGCCUCUCUAGCACACACUGGCCUUGGUCUGACUGCCCUAGGUUUCCUAGGUCAUAAUAUGUUGAAUGUGAACACGACAAGCACCGCCAACUCUCUACUGAUGUUAAAUGGCCAUCAUAGUCCGUCCCUAGGCAGCCCAGUCAACUGCCAUUCUCCGUCCAGCCCCAGCCACUGGGUGUCGCCACCUCCAGGUAUAUACAACCCCCUGCUGAUGGUGAAUCCUGUAUCAACCUCCGUCCACAGUCAGCUUGAUGCCCUCUCGCCAUGUAAUGGGUUUCAGAAAGACUUUACUCACCCAAGUGCCUUCAUUCGGGUCCCAACACCUCUAGAUCAAGGUCCGAGCUGUAAAACCAGCGAGACAGGCAGCCCUCCUCACAGUCCCCCCAACAGCCCGGUCACAGUGUCGCUUGGUCACACACCCCAUCCCUCAGUGGACUUCUCCAGCCUACAGACAGCAGGUGCAAUCGGGGACAUGAUGACCCGCGACCCCCUCAGUAGCAAUGGUCACACCCUGGAUCUCCUAGGCCUCAGCAAGACCACACCCCUCUGUACUGCACAGGCCCUAUACAUGGAGGCCAACAGACAUCUACAGAAUGGUAAUCUAGACAAUACAUCCGAGUCCUCAGGAGGGGAGUCCGACAGUUCUGACAAGAGGGCUCCGGGUAGCGAACGCAAGAAUUCCACCUCCUCUCUCUUCAGCAACCCACUUCAGUAUGGAUUUGACUACGAGCAGAAGAAGCUACUUGCCAUGAAAGCCAUGCAGAAGAAGCCCGAGGGGGAGUCACGGAUCCCGACAGACUUCUGGGCAGGGAUGGGGUUCUCCAAGUCCAUGCCGGAGUCUGCCAUCAGGGAGAGGAUCAGCCAGCUGGGGAUGGGGUCCAGGUACCUGGGGCCGGCCAUGUCUACUACAUACGAGAGUCCAGAGUCAGAGUUGGAAGCAGGCAUCGAUCGAGACCCGUGGAGGAACCCGUGUAGCACCAAUGCACCGAUCAACAAAGCCCCUGGAGAAUACCCCAGUCCUCGGAAGAAAUAUGAGUUUGGUUUGAGCAGCAGCAACCACGUGGACAGUGCAUCUGCCCUGCCACCCCCGAAUCUGUGGUCCCCCAAGACUGACCUGGCUGAGCUCUUCAGUAAGAUGGGGCUCGGCAAGUACACCGAUCUCUUUCAGCAACAGGAGAUUGAUCUGUCAACGUUCCUGACCUUGACUGACCAUGACCUUCGAGAGCUGGGAAUCUCCACAUUUGGAGCCAGACGGAAGAUGCUCAUUGCUAUUGCUGAUCUGACAAAACGCCGAACGUUGCGGAAUAUUACUCCAGGUGGUGCCACAUCUGCCUCCAGCACCAGCAACAAUCCCACCACCAACAACAACCCGUUUCAGGAAAACGGAGCAUCGCUGAUGGGUCCCAGGCGUCCAGACAUUGCUAGUCUUAGCGGGCGCUGGUAGCUCCGUGAUACCUGUACACAUCUCAGACAAACAACAAGGAAAAUAACACUGGGAAGACGAUAUGUUAUACUGGAAGAGCUACAGCUGUAAUCUAAACAAAUUGUAAUUAGAAAAAUUCAUCUUUGAUACUACUACUUGAUACCACUUCCGGCAUAUGACUUCAAAACAGGAUUUAUUACGUUUAACUUUCAGUGUUAUGCUUUGAGAAUGUGAUAGAAAUGGUAUUUGAUAUUACAGGUUUCUAUUUGCAUAAUAUGCCAUUCUCUUGAUAAGAUGCUCUCUUCCCAUGUUGUUGUAUUUUGGUUGUUGUUUAUCGAUAGUACUGCUGAUGCAUAAUCGACUUUCACAGAAACUGUGGUGAAUUUGGUCGAAUUUCGACAAAAAUCUUGGAGCUACACUUGCAUGGACCUUACGUGAAGCAUCUAGUCUGUUCAGUUGCCAUGGUAACUGCAGUAUUUUAUCAUGGUAACCGUGGUGAUAUGUACAAAUAUUUAGAACAUUUACAGUAAACUAAUUGUUAGCCCUGUUUAUUUGAUGAUUUUGUUAGAGCGAAUUAAAGAGGUAUUUAUGAAAUGUUGCCACACUGGUUCGUGUAGUCGGAGAAAACUCAUUGUUUAAAUUUGUUGAUGUUUGUUUUUAUUGCAAUAUGUUUAAGAAUGUUAUCUGUUAAAAAUCUUCAGAAUAGAUCUAUUUGCAAUGGCAUGUAAGUAAAUUACAAUUUAAUCAGGCUGUAAAAAAAUACAAGUUAUUGGUUCUCAGGAGUGUGUGAAAUAGAUGCGAAACCUGGAUUUUUUUCAUAUUUUUAUCCCACAGGAGAAAUGAAAUGUGGAAUAGUGUAGAGAUACAAGGGAGCUUGAGAACCAAGAACAUCAAAUUGUAAUUGUUCAAUGAAAGAUUUUAUAAUUGAAUUUUUCUCCUUGAACUAUUUUUUACAUCACAGAAGAUCAUUUUGGCCAGACAAAGCCAUGCAUGCAUUUGAAUAUUUCUUGUGAACAAAUUGUUUUCUCGCGAUGGUUUUCUGACAUUGUAGGGGAGGAAACCUGAGUUGUUGUUACCUAGUGUCAUGUAGAGAAUUUGUUAGUGACAUGCUGCUCUUUGCUAAAUCAGAAUUCUAAAUAGGGCUUUCAUUAUCUUAAUCUGUCCAUUUUGUACACACAUUUGAUAGACGUAUACCAUAUAUGUAUGUGUUUUUCACCUGAAGUGAUACACCUAUCCGUCCAAUUUUUUUGUGAUGUUUAUCUCUUUUUUCAUCAGCUGAUGCAAACUAAGCAUUUAAGCUUUUUUCUAAAAAAGCUGCUAGGAUGAAGCAAAUAUUUAUUCAUGGAACAGUAUUUAGUCAUGUUUAGUUUUUGUAAGCCAAAUUUGGGAAAAAUCUACCUUUUCACAUUAUGUUGAAUAUUUAUAAAUAUUCAUGAUUGAUUAUUUAAGUGCGUUAUAAGUAUGCUUUCAUUUAUGUUUUUGAUUACAUUACAGUUAUCUUUUGUCCCUAAAAUAUAAUAGUUUGGAAAUGGUAUUAUUUGAUAAUUUCAGUACAAAGUAAUAAACAGUUGCUUAAACUGUUGAUUUUCCAUCAUGUUCAUUAGAUUAUCUUCAUUGUAAUAAGAAUAUAGGCGUUUUAAAAAAGUGAUUUAGAUACAUAAUAUCAAUAAAUGAAGAUAUUUUGCUGAUGUAUCUGUCAAUGUUUUCUUAAAACAUCCGACCUAGAUUUGUUCAUAUGCAGGUUUCACGGUUCCGUACUAAUAUUUUCAGAAUUUUUCUGUGUUUUCUUAUUUUCUUUAUGUUUGCAGGUAUUUUCUUCAAUAGUCCAAUGUUGAGUGGAGGGUAAUGGAGUGUUGACCUGUACUGUAUGUUUCCACCUGUCUGUACUGCUGAUUAAUAUGCUAUGCAAACACAGUUGGAAGAUAUGUAGCCUCAUAUGUACAGGGAACAUUGAUGAUAUACACAGAUCUAGAGGUAAUGCAUAUCAAAGAAAUUCUAAACCCAUGACAUUUUUGUUUCAAAUUUUCAAUCAUUCAUAUUUAUUUGAAAAUAUUCAUGGUAUUUAAUUUUCAUCACGUAUGUGUUUUGAUCAGUAUUGCGGGAGUAUCUUAAGAGAAUCCCAAUACAUGAAAUGGAGGUUCCAUUUAGAAUCCAUCCAUCAGUUGUUGCUAUGACGUGUAUUAUAGAAAGUAAUAAUAAUCAUCAUAAAUGCUGAGUCGGGUUAAAUCAGAGCAUAAUAUGUUAAUGACCCUUUAUUGUUUCUGUAUUAUCAGUUCUUUUACGUUUAAAUCAUAUUCCUGUUUUAUGAAAAUGUCAGAGAAAUUAGAAGAGGAAAAAGUGAAUUCAGUACCAACUGGCUGAGUCUGAAAUUGUUACAUGAUCUAACAAAUCCCAGCUGAUUUGAAAACAGUCAGAAAAACAGUUUUAUACUUUUAAGGUUCUUGAAGUAGGAAGCACUGAUAUUUCAAUGCAUUUCUUUGUCCGGAGUAAAAUCAUAUGACAAAUUAAAGAAAGCAUCUGUUGUUUAGUGGUUGUGUGGUAUGUAUGGAAUAGAACAGGUUAGUCUCUUGCUUUAUCCUCAACCAUAUUGGGAAAUGUGCCAAGUUAAACAGGCACGAAAACUCUGUGGUUUACGGUAUUCAGAUCUACUGGUUUUGCUGUAAAAGGUCAGGAAACCUGUGGCACACUGUGGAUAAAUUAAUCAUCUAUUCAUGCUGAGAAUAUUAUUUCAAGUUUCACACUGAUUUGUAAAGUAAUGCAUUGGAACAGAUUAUAUUGUGGGAGAAGGAUGCAUAGAACUUCUUUCAACAACAAUUUAGCAAUAAUAUUACACUCCGGACAGAAAAUCUGAAGUUCCUCGUACCUGGAAUCAUGAAAUGAUUUAUGACACAGUGAGAAAUGCUGAACCACAUACAUCCACCAUGACACAGGUCUGAUUCUGUAGCCAAUGCUACAGGGACAUUCAUUCUGGUUCAAAUUUUCCAAAUUUUUCUCACCAGUAUGAUCAGACAAUGUUACCAAUCUCAACAUAUGUUACAAAUAUGCCCCAAUGAAGGAUGAAUUAACGACCCGUGCAAUAGACAUGUCCUGAAGUAUAUCCCGAUGAUUAUUGAGUUGAGUAGACGUGUUUCUUUCCUCCAAUACCAAUGUUAUUGUUGUAGUGUCAGAUCAUGUUAAGGUCCACAUGUAGUGUCCACGGCUGGUCAGCAGGGAGGAAGGGGGGCGGGCGGGGGGUGAGGAGGAACAAACCUUGAUGCACAGGCGGGGGAUUUCAUGGUGGUCAGGUCAUUAUGAAUGCCGAUUAUGUGGAUUAUGACAGUAUUCCAAGUCAUGGAGGGACACAAAGAAUGGUCUUUACACAUGUUGGGUUCAAACCUUGGUCUUGAGUGUAGUGAGCUAACGCUUUAUCCACAAGGCUACCCUCAUGUUUAUCUGUGACAUUUAUCAGUUAAAAGUAUUUGAGAAUGAUUAACUUUUUCCUGGCACGGCCUUGCCGUGAUACAAAAGAAAAUGUGGUGAGGACAUGGUUCUGAUGAAUGUGUCACUCAUUGAGUGUCUCACCAUGACAUAUAACCAUGUUUAUCAUCAAACAAGCUUCCACAGGAGAUAUGGCUAAGUUGAGAUCAAGUGAUAUCUCCAAGGAUAGGCUUUGAAGACCAUUGUGGUGUCAUCGGUUACCAUGACAUCACAAUCAAAUGACAUCAUAAAUCUCUUUGACACUGAAACCAGCUGUAUUAUGUACACUCAAGCCACUGUUUUUUACAAAAAUAUAUGUGUCCUGAAAUUCUACAUAUUUUGAGAUUCAUUCAUGUUCUUACAUCACCAUGAAAUUCUGCCAAUGUGUGUGUCUUUGAUCCGAGACAAGUUUUGCUACUGUAACGGAAUGACCUUCCCCCUGCUAGACAUUGGUCAGGCUGACAGAUUGGCUAUGUGAUAUAUGUCCAUCUCCUCCGUACACAGGCUGUGUAGGGGUAGGCUCUCUGCUCAUUGGUCAGUGUGCUGGGCUUGCGGAUACACUAGUUUUAACGUCCCGGUGGUUACACACCUAAGUUGUAAAUAGCUGGCACGAUGUAAACAUUUAUUUUGUGAGUGUAGUGUUGUCCUCACCUUUUUGACAGUCAUGAGUAAUUCUCAUGCCAAAUGUCACAUUUAGCAUUUAUUAUUUUCUAUUUAGUUACUUAUGUUCUGAAAAAUAAAUCGCAGGAAUAUAUAUAUUUAUUGUUUUAUCUUUGCUGAAAAUGGAUUUUCAAAAUAGACAUAUAACACCCUGUUUUUGCUGUUUUAGAUACUAGAAUUGAUCAUUCAUAUUCCAAAAAGAAUUAUUUGAUUAUUUUGUAAAUGUUGUUAUCAGUGUCUAAUUGGAGUAAUUAAGUAACUUGUGUAUGAGAUUGUUAUACGUUUUUAAAAGUGUUGGCAGAUAAGAAUUUAAAAUUCACUUAAGCCAAUGAGGAUGAAGCAUUUCAGUUUUGACCAAUGAGCACUGAGCCUGAAGCAGCCAAUGAAAGUUGACCUUUUAUCCAUUUAUAUGCAUGCUACAAAAUAAUUUUGUAUAAGAUGCAAUGCCAUGAGAACUGAUUAUAAAAUAAUUGUUACCAUGUUUUGUUUAAAUAUCUAGCUUCUAUGUGAAGUUGCAUGUAAAACAACUAAAACAAUAUGUAUUUCAAUUUGUUUUCUUUUACAUACUAAGAGUAUAUCAUGAAUGUCUUUAUUGAUUGUAUUAUAUGUGGGAAUUUUUCUCAACUUUUUGUUAAGGCUAUGGUUUGACAUUAGCGUCAUGUGUUGCAUGUGAAAGCUUAAAACUAAGUCGUCCAAAGCCUGGUGAUAAUUAUGUAUAUGAGACAUUACGCACCUUGGUGUAUUUUUGAAGCAAGUUUUCUCAUUGUUUUACCAUGUAAUGAGAAUAUAAGAUUAUUCUGUCUUUGAAAUUCAAAUUUGUAAAUGACCGAUAUUUUUAGAAUUUUUUCAGACAGUUCCUGUCCAUGAAGUGUUAUUUAUAUGCUUGGAAAUGUAGCGAAUAUUGGGCAUUGGUUUGUAUCCCAUGUUGGUAAAAUAGGUAUCUCUUGUACAGAGUAAAAACCUUGGAUUGGUAGGUGGGGGGUUCCUGUGUUUGUUUGUAGGUCUGAAAGGACUAUUACUUGCAUUUAGACUUUGGCAAUCUUGUGGAACCUAACUGCAAAAAAGCAACCUUGGCAGUUAUUGGAAUACUGUGUACAUCUUUGUCGGAUUGCCAAAUACAACCCCCUUUCCCGCUGAGGUACAAAUUCAAAAUGUGAGACAUACUUAUUGAAGGUCAAAAUAAAACAAUUUGAGCCACCCUGA